AUGGCCGAUUCCAAGGAAAACCUCCUCUCCCACGUCGACGAUACCGCCGCCGACCCCCCACCAGCCUACGAUGCCAGCGCCGCACCCACACCUCGCCUUCCACGCCCACCACCUCUACCCCUACCGGUCCUGAACGCCCUACGCACAAAACGAGUAAUCCUCGCCUCAGCCUCGCCCCGCCGCCGCCAGAUCCUCUCCCUCCUGGGCCUCCCCUUCGAGGUGCUCCCCAGCAAUGCAGCCGAGGACUUCCCCAAGAGCAUGGAACCAUUCGAGUACGUCCUCGCAACAGCAACCAAGAAGGCGCAGGCGGUCUACGAAGCCGAAAUCAACAACGAGGAGAAGGGCGAGCCUGCGCUGAUCCUGGCCGCUGAUACCGUCGUCGUUGAUAAUGUCUCCGGCUCGAUCCUGGAGAAACCGCGGUCGGAGGCACAGCACAUCGCCAUGCUGAAGAUGCUGCGCGAUAAUAAGGUGCAUAAGGUCUACACGGCUAUUGUGGCUAUGGCGCCGUUGGCGAGCGCGCGGCAGCCGGGGUAUGCGCUUGAGACGCACAUCGAGGAGACGGAUGUUGUGUUUGAUGGGGAUGUCACGGAUGAUUUGAUCCUGGC